AUGCACAAAAGGUCGAGGAGAUUUUGGUGUAGCUUCCUCUGUGUAUAUUUAUUCUGCGAGGCAGAAUCCCCCUUGCCAGGUAAAACGGGUCGGAUGGAACUUGAACUCUCCCGUCUUUGUCUUACUCGUUACUCCUCUCCUGCCCCUCUCCUGUGCCACAGAUCAUCUAUCCAUAUUGAACACGUCGGUGGCCGUUGUGAUGAAAUCAUAGGAAACUGCCUUCUCGUACAACCCGGAAACCAUGUUGCUUGCUAG